AUGACUAAGUCUAACCAAACCUUUUCAAAAGCAAAAUCAUCGUCUAAGCCUACUAAGUCCAAAAUUGAGAAGUCUAAGCCAAAGAAAAGUAUAAAUUCGGCUGGUAAUUCUGAACCUGCACCUGCUAUCUCUCCACCCAUGCCCACUAUUGUUACGGCACCAUCACCCUUUGUUACUGUUACACCUGUAGUUUCUACUCCCGCUGCACCUCCAUCUCCAAAACCAAUCACCCAUGAACCUGUAUUCUCCUCUACAAUUGAGGUUUCCCCGUUGGAAGUUGUUGAACCCUUAAGUGACUCACCACAUGUAGAAAGUACUGAUGCAGAAAAGGAAGUAGUAACUCAAGAGAAAAAUUUAGAAAUAGUUGCAGACUUAUCUGUGGUUGAGGGGGGAGCUGAGAAAGAAACAUGGGAUAAAGAAAGUUCUUAUGGUCAAGGGAAAGAAGGUGAGGUAGAAGAACAAUUAGGUGAGCAAGUGGGAGAUUCAGAAGAAGAAGAAAUAGGAAGUGAAGGAGAAGAUGACUCUGAAAGUGAUGGUAAUAAAUAUGAAAAAGAAAGUGAAGGUGAGGGUACUGAAUCUGAAUGCGAAAAACACAAUACCAGUGAGAAAUCUGAAGGGGAUGGGGAAGCUGAUAGUGAUGAGGAUGAUUUGCCAUUAUCUGAGGUUGGGAAGAAGAACAGGAAGACUCCUGCAAAACAUACAAGACCAGUUUCAUGGGCAAGAAGGGAAGUGGCUCCUUUCACUAGGACUCCUCUUACCAGGAGCAAGAGAAAAGUUGUUAAUGAACAAAUGAUCAAGGAGUCCAGGAGUCCCAAGAGGUCAAGAAAGCAAAUUCCUAUUGCUGAAACUGCAGUAGAGUUGAGGAGGAUGAACAUGGUUUUUCCCUAA